AUGAUUGACGCCCCUCUACCAUGCUCUGUGGCCGAUGAGGACGUGUUUGGUCCAUUCGUCAACGCGUCGUGCCAUCAUGGGUUUGACUUUACUCUGCUUUUUGAAGAGACGAUCUUGACUCUCCUUCCUCUAUCUUUACUACUUCUGUCGGGUGUACUACGUGUCUGGAGCCUUCGUUGCUCCCCAGACAAAGUCAAUCGAUCAUGGCUGUACGCGGCUAAGGAGACGGCGUUGGCCAUACAAAUAUCCCUUCAAUUAGUUCUCUUAAUUCUUUGGAGCAAGCCCUCGAUUCCCACUACAAGAGCGACAAUUCCAACCGCUGUUGCAAGCAUGACCGCCUCUAUCUUUUUACUUCACCUGUCUCACCUGGAGCAUCUUCGAUCUUUGCGCCCAUCGACAAUCAUCUGCAUUUUUGUAGGGUCUACGCUACUAUUUGACAUCACUCGACUUCGGACACUUUACUUCAUGCCCAACAACCGCCCAAUCACAAUUUUGUUUACCGUCGGCUGGGUUGGCAAGCUGGUCAUUCUUGUGCUUGAGUCUAAAGAAAAACGAUCAUUGUUGAAAAAGGCUUUCGAAGGAACCUCGCUGGAGUCAACAGCUAACACUUUCAAUCGAGCUCUCUUCUGGUGGCUGAACGGGUUGCUUUGGGAAGGUUCCAAGACUACUCUUACAGUGGAUAGCCUUCCGGUGCUUGAUGAUGCCCUCAAGGCAGCUUCAACCCCGGAAGACCUGAUCGAGGCUUGGACUAAAGCCGACAAGUAUCGACCUAACGCAUUGCUUUGGACCUUGGCCUGGCACUACAAGUGGGAGAUCAUGGAAGGUGUUUUGCCGCGAAUCGCAUUCACUGGUUUCAGUUUCGCACAACCGUUUCUAGUUGAGCGAGUGCUAGCUUUUAUGACGGAACCUGAGCAUGUGAAUUCCACAAACUACGCCGGUGGCCUUAUUGCAGCAUACGCGAUAGUCUAUAUCGGCCUUGCAGUAUCAUUUACCGUGUACCAGCAUAAAACCUGCCGUCUGGUCACAAUGGUCAGGGGAAGCUUGGUUACCCUCAUCUUCAACAAGACUCUGCGCAUGAGCUCCUCCGCGGUGACUGAUGCGAGUGCAGUUACAUUGAUGAGUACAGAUAUUGAGCGUAUUGGCAGCGGCAUCAGACAGAUUCCCGAAACAUACUCCAAUUUCAUAGAAGUUGCUCUCGCCCUGUGGUUGUUGGCCCGGCUCCUCAAGCUUGCAACUAUCGCAUCUACGCUGGUGGUCGUCAUCUGUCUCAUCAUUGGAAUCCCACUGGCGGUCGCAUCUGGUGAUGCUCAAGGCACAUGGCUUGAAGCUGUAGAGGAGCGUGUUGCAGUGACCUCCAAAGUGCUUGGGGUCAUGAAAAGUAUCAAAAUGACAGGCCUUACGAAGGUCAUUGCAAACUACAUUCGGCAGCUACGUACACAAGAAAUCAGAGCAUCAUUUGCCUUCCGCUUAUACACCGUUCUCAUCAUCACAUUCUCUUAUGCCUCUUCGGCACUUGCCCCCGUAUUUGGCUUUGGUGUUUAUAUCAUCAUAGCUCGAUCACAGGAUUCAGGCACUUUGACAAACAGCAUGGCAUUCUCAGCGUUAACCCUCUUCUUCCUCCUUGAUCAGCCGAUGAUUGGCUUCGUCGACGGAUCGGAAGAUCUCAUGGCAGUCGUGAAUUGCUUCCAAAGGAUUCAAAAGCACCUCCUCGAUACUGAACGUAUUGACUGUCGCACGACUCACGCUGCCGAAAGUUCCAGAUUGAUUGAUGUUGAACCUGUUGAAUGGCAAGAUGACUAUGGAUUAUCUUGUGCCGUUGCAAGGGAUUUGUCUGCGGCAUGGUCGGUCGAUAACGAGCCGGUACUUAAGAAGCUAAACUUUGCAAUCACAACGGGGCUCAUCACCAUGAUUGUCGGCCCAGUCGGCUGUGGAAAGUCAACAUUACUGAAAGCAUUACUUGGAGAGGUUCCAGAAGCCUCGGGAACUAUUUCCACCACCUUCAAGAAUGCAGCUUAUUGCAGCCAGUCACCGUGGAUUACCUUUGGGACAAUCCGACAGAAUGUCGUGGGGGCAUCUCCGUGGGAUCAAAAAUGGUAUGAUACCAUCAUUCAGGCAUGCUCCUUGCAGAUGGACCUUCAGCAACUUCCAUCUGGAGAUCAGACCAAGGUCGGCGUUCGUGGGUCUCGAUUGAGUGGUGGUCAGCAAAUGCGGGUGGCAUUGGCGCGAGCGCUCUACUCUAGAGAGCCUGUGCUUUUGCUUGACGAUGUACUGACGGGCCUUGAUCGAGAAACCGAGAGAGCAAUCCUAGAGGUAGUUUUCUCGUCGGGAGGUCUUAUCAAGAAGACUGGGCAAACGGUCGUUCUGGCGACAAACUCAGUAGCCCACCAUCUUGCUUAUGCCGACUUUGUCAUCUCUUUGAACGAAGAGGGGCGUCUAAUUGAGCAAGGCUCGUACGAGGCUCUUGUAGCCGGUCACGGCUACGUCGGUAUGCUUGCCAGCAAAGCCACCACGGUUGUGACUACCAGAGAGCCCAACUUGGUCAUUGAUGAUGAGACCUUGCAAGGGCUUAAUCUAGAAAAGGAUGACAACAUCGACAGUACUAGCCGCAGAACGAGUGACUUGGCAGUGUAUCUUUAUUACUUCCAAAACAUCGGAUGGCCUCUUUUGAUGUUGUUCUUCGCGUGUGCCUGUUUGUUUAUCUUUGGGCUAAUAUUCCCGCAAAUUUGGCUACAGUGGUGGACUGUUGCCAACGAGAAAAGGCCAAACGAGAAUAUCGAAUACUGGCUGGGUGUCUAUGGCGCCCUGGGUUUCCUCACACUGUUUUCCGCAUUUCUUGCAAAUUGGGUCUUUGGCAUGCUCAUUAUACCCAAGACCGCCCGUCGUUUCCAUGAGAUUCUCCUAGGAACAACCAUGAGAUUCAGCCAAGACUUGGAAUUGAUCGACGAAGAGCUUCCUGAAGCAUUUGAAUUGACGAUAUACGCAGUUCUCGGCUUUUUCGUUGAAGGCUUUUUGGUUUUCGUCGGCUCAUCAUACGUCACGACAGCCGUGAUUCCAUUUGUUGUCCUUGUAGUUUACUACGUGGGGACAUACUACGUCCGCACGUCUCGACAGAUCCGUUUGUUAGAUAUCGAAUCCAAAGCGCCUCUUUUCUCCCAAUUCCUGGAAGCAAUGAGCGGGUUACCGAGCAUUCGAGCCUAUGGAUGGUCCGAACAUUAUCAACACCAAGAGAUGGUUGCUCUUGAGGCUUCUCAGAGACCAUUUUACACGCUUUACUGCAUUCAGCGCUGGCUGAGUGUUGUGCUUGAUCUGGUUAUUGCGGGUAUUUCCGUUGUUGUGGUUGCAAUUGCACUUUCCAUGAGAGGAAGCUCCUCGUUGAAUCUGCUUGGUAUUGCGCUGUUCAAUAUCGUCGGCUUCAGCGGGACUCUGCAAGUCCUGGUUACCCAGUGGAUCGAUCUUGAGACUUCCAUAGGGGCUGUUUCUCGGAUCCGCUCAUAUGUGCAACACGCUAAGACUGAGGAUCUCGAUACUGAGAUUGAGGUUGUACCAACCUUUUGGCCAGAGAAGGGCGAUGUUCAGAUUUCUCGCGUGUCAGCUUCCUAUGAGUCAUCGUCAGAGCCAGUUCUCCAAGAUAUUGAUCUUACCAUCCUCGCUGGCGAAAAGGUUGCCCUUUGCGGUAGAACUGGCAGCGGUAAAUCGUCGCUUAUUUCAACAAUCCUGCGACUUCUCGAUCUCAAGCACGGCUCGAUACACAUCGACGGAGUAGACAUAUCUCGAGUAUCUCGCUCGCAUGUGCGCUCCCGCCUCAACACAAUUCCACAGCAGGCUUUCUUCCUCCAUGGAACCAUCCGACUUAAUGCCAACCCUGAAGGAACUGCUUCAGGUGAAACCAUUAUUGAAGCACUCCAAGCGGUGAACCUAUGGUCAUAUCUUGAAUCCAAGGGAGGAUUAGACGCAGACAUGUCCGAGGACAUUCUUUCACACGGCCAGCAGCAGCUUUUCUGCUUGGCACGGGCUCUCUGCAAGCCCAGCAGUAUUCUUAUCAUGGAUGAGGCCACUAGCAGUGUGGACUCUGAGACCGACGCCCUUAUGCAGAACGUCAUUCGCACACACUUCCAACACCAAACCAUCAUUGCCAUUGCGCACAAGUUAGACACCAUUCUAGACUACGACAAAAUUGCAUUUAUGGAUCACGGCCGGAUUGUCGAGUUUGAUACGCCCAAGGCGCUUUUGUCACGGGAGGGAUCUGCGUUUAAAGCCAUGUUCGAUACGUUUCGGCGUCGGCCAGAGUGA